GACGCCUUGGACGCGGUUCAGGAAUCCGCUGCCGCUCGCCGGCUCGGGCCGGAGCGGGGAGGGCGCCAGGCAGGACUUCUCGCGGGCUCGCUGCGCAGGACGGCGCCCUCCUGGCGCCGCUUCCCUUCCAGCGUGCGGACCGGCCCGGCCGCGCCUGCAUCCCUCCCGCCUGCCCCGGGGAGGGCGCACAGCCCGGGCCGCGCGGGCGCCGGGGCCACGGAACUGCUUCUGUCGGGAUCUUCCAAGAGGAAGGCAAAGUUGCGAGCGGAUGCUGCCCGCGCUGGACCCCAGCCGUGGAGGGUCGGGGCCGCCCGCGCCCGUGGAGCCUCGGCAGCCGGGGAUGAGGGUGUCCCCCACCUGAAGACAACAAGCCGGGUCCUGAGUGAUGCUCCUGAGCUGAGUGUCCAAGGCCAGCCCGAGGAGCCCCCAGGGCCCCACGUUUCCCCAUGGAGAAAGGACUCACUUUGCCCCAGGACUGCCGGGACUUUCUGCACAGCCUGAAGAUGAGAAGCAAAUACGCUCUUUUCUUGGUUUUUGUGGUGAUAGUUUUUGUCUUCAUCGAAAAGGAAAAUAAAAUCAUAUCAAGGGUCUCAGACAAGCUGAAGCAGAUCCCCCAAGCUCUGGCAGAUGCCAACAGCACCGACCCAGCCCUGGUCUUAGCUGAGAACGCAUCUCUCUUGUCCCUGAGCGAGCUUGAUUCAGCCUUCUCCCAGCUGCAGAGCCGUCUCCGCAACCUCAGCUUGCAGCUGGGUGUGGAGCCAGCCAUGGAGGCCGCAGGGGAGGAAGAGGAGGAGGAGGCAAAGGAGGAGCCACCCAGACCGGCCGUGGCUGGGCCCCGGCGCCACGUGCUGCUCAUGGCCACCACGCGCACCGGCUCCUCGUUCGUGGGCGAAUUCUUCAACCAGCAGGGCAACAUCUUCUACCUCUUCGAGCCGCUGUGGCACAUCGAGCGCACAGUGUCCUUCGAGCCUGGGGGCGCCAACGCCGCGGGCUCGGCCCUGGUGUACCGCGACGUGCUCAAGCAGCUCUUCCUGUGCGACCUGUACGUGCUGGAGCACUUCAUCACGCCGCUGCCCGAGGACCACCUGACCGAGUUCAUGUUCCGCCGGGGCUCCAGCCGCUCCCUGUGCGAGGACCCCGUCUGCACGCCCUUCGUCAAGAAGGUCUUCGAGAAGUACCACUGCAAGAACCGCCGCUGCGGCCCCCUCAACGUGACGCUGGCCGCCGAGGCCUGCCGCCGCAAGGAGCACAUGGCCCUCAAGACCGUGCGCAUCCGGCAGCUGGAGUUCCUGCAGCCGCUGGCCGAGGACCCCCGCCUCGACCUGCGCGUCAUCCAGCUGGUGCGCGACCCUCGGGCAGUGCUGGCCUCACGCAUGGUGGCCUUCGCCGGCAAGUAUAAGACCUGGAAGAAGUGGCUGGACGACGAGGGCCAGGACGGCCUGAGGGAAGAGGAGGUGCAGCGGCUGCGGGGCAACUGCGAGAGCAUCCGUCUGUCCGCAGAGCUGGGGCUGCGGCAGCCCGCCUGGCUGCGGGGCCGCUACAUGCUGGUGCGCUAUGAGGACGUGGCGCGCGGGCCGCUGCAGAAGGCCCGCGAAAUGUACCGCUUCGCCGGCAUCCCCCUGACCCCGCAGGUGGAGGACUGGAUCCAGAAGAACACGCAGGCGGCCCACGACGGCAGUGGCAUCUACUCCACGCAGAAGAACUCCUCGGAGCAGUUCGAGAAGUGGCGCUUCAGCAUGCCCUUCAAACUGGCCCAGGUGGUGCAGGCCGCCUGCGGCCCUGCCAUGCGUCUCUUCGGCUACAAACUGGCGCGGGACGCCGCCGCCCUCACCAACCGCACAGUCAGCCUGCUGGAGGAGCGGGGCACCUUCUGGGUCACGUAGGGGCGCCGGGGCCCCGUGUGCCCCUCCUCGUGAAAGGCCUGCCCCGCCUUUCUGCCGCAGCCCCCGCAGAGGGCAGGUGCGCAGCGCCGUGAGCGGGCAGCGCCUCCUGUAGCAGUAGGGCCCCCAGCCAGUGCUCCGCCAAAGCGGCGGCCCCAGGGUUAAUCGCGGAGAACAGGACAGUGCCCGGUCCCCUUGAGGGCCAUCACACCCAGACCCAAGGGGUCGCAGCCUCCUGAGCAGGCCCAGGCAGGCCCGGGCCUGUUGGCAAGCUUUGAUCUCAGAGAAACAUACAUUUGUGCCUGGAGACCCUGCAGGCCAGAGUCCAAAUAUUUAACAACCAGAAGGGGCAAGGCUCUGACCAGUGACAGUCAGACCUCCUGCUUUAUUUGGUGUUAACCGUUUCUUGUCUGGAUGGUGAAGUCUGGAAUCUGAGUGGGUCCUUGGAGGAGGGGCCAGGACAGCCCUGGGUAUCAAAGGUGGCAUUGAGGCUCAUUUGAGGUGACAGUGGCUGUUUACCAACCAGUACAGAGCGAUUCAGCAUUUUCAUGAAUGGGAUGGCUGGAUGAAUCUGGGCCUCAUAUAGAGCUGGAAAACACACACAUGCUAUAGACAUGCAGACAUGCACGCCACACACAGACAAGCCUCAAAGGCACAAGUGCACACACAUCUAUGCAGACAAGCUUCCUCGCUGCUUAUGCCUACAGGGUUUUCUGUAUCACACACCUCAGAGGAGCCUGUGAUUACAUUUGUAGGAUUAUUUCCAGGGCAGGGCAGAGGAAGGAAAUGCGUUAAAGGGCCAUGACAUGACACGGUUCCCUGGCCAGGUUUGGGACUGAAGGGCGGAUUCAGAACUGCAGCAUUCAAAGCCCCUGCCGGCCUUAGGUUCUCAUGGCUACCUCCUCUGACCUAUCCACAUCCUUGCGGCUGGCAGGCAGGAUGUUUUGAAAUGGUACAGCCAAAGGCCCCGUCCAGCUUGGCUGGCUCCUGAACAUGUCCAUAUUUGAAGGCUGCCUCAGGCCUGGCAGGGAGAAGCGGCUGUGGUCCCUGGAGGCAAAAGGCGGCUCACAGGGGCCUUCCAUUUCCAGCCAGGCCUCAUCUGGGGCAGGGCCAAGAGGAAAGUAUAGAGUACCCGUGGGGGAGAAGUCCCACCGGGAUGCACCCCUUCCCUGAGAAGCCCGCCUUCGCCCUCAUGGACAGGGGUCAGCCAGCUGGUUGCCGUGGUUACAGCCAGUGCCUGGAAUUCCUCCUUAGGGCUCUGGGAAGAGUAUUGCUCAAUGCAGGAUGUGCGGGGUGUUUUAUUUGGGGUUUUUAAGUUAUUUAUGGCUUGGUGUCUUUCUUGUUUUGUGGCUGUGUUUUUGCUUUUGUUUCUGCAGGAGCGCCUCUCCCAAGCAGUGGAGGCCUGAGGGCUUGAGGGAGGCUGGGAAAACCAGCAGGGAGCACUUGGCUCCUGGCAGAGGGAGAGGACAGGAGGAGGUGCCUUCCCCAGGAGGAGCGAGGAGAGGUGGCCACGUGGCAGGCCACAGUGCCCUAUGGGCUUUUCUGUUUGAACCCCAUGUGGGAUGAAUCUCAAAACCACCAGCGUUCUUGCCUAGUGUCCAGAGCAGCAGAGAUUUGCAGCCCUCGCCCCUCCCUGAGCAGAAGCUGGAUUUGAAAAUCCCUCACAGGCUCUAACAUGUUUCCUGGGUGGGCAGAGGCCUCAUGACCAAGCAGCAAGUGUACCCAGAGUAGAAGCCCUUCCCCACUCCCACCUCAAACCCAGGAGCAGAACUCAGUAUCCAGAGCUUUCAAGGGUUUGCCGAGGGCUGCCCAGCCCUGUUUCUGGUUUCCUGGACAAUUUCUCUGUCAGAUACGGCCCAUUGUAAACCCAGAGGACUGCAUUUUGGGUUGAGUAAUAUGGACACCGGGGAAGUACAGAAUCUGAGUCCAGCAUUGCCGUGGGGGAGGGACGAGUGUGUCCUGGCAGGAAGCCACCAUUGGAGAAGGUGAGGCCAGUAACCAUCUCGUGGGAUUUGCUAUCAUCAGCCUAUUUGAGCUGCUGGGUCUCUGUUACUGUGGACUCCAGUCAUUCAAGGAGUUCUCCACUCUUGGGUUUUUUCUUUUCUUUUGCUGUUUUGCCUGAACACCCCAACACUCUUGGUUUUAGAGGCCAAGAGUAAGUUGUGCAGAGACAUGGUUCUAAUUUGGAGUUCAAAGGAACACCAGCUCUGAAAAGGUGACCAUGGGGCCAGGAGGUUUCUGGCAGGGUCGGAAGUGCUGGCUGUUCUUCCCCAGCCUCCCCACUGCUCCCUCCUCUGUUCCCCAUGUGGAGGUGGGGGGUGCUGGGACUGGGGAGGGGGCAGCCACCUCCAUCCGAGGCUCUUCCUAGGGGCCCUGCUAUUGUGGACAGCAGACUUUAUCCCUCCUUCUUACUCUGGGCCGAGACCUCCCACUCCGCUCUCUGAGGAUGGUACCAAGAAUGGGCCUUUGGGACUUCUCAGGACAUUGACAAUGUGCACACUGCAAGUUGACUUUAUUUAUUUAUUUUGUGAAAAGAAGAGACAGAAAAUACCUUAUUAUCUGCAGGGACUCAAAGCUGUACCCAAAUCAAGAAAGAAAAUAACAGUAGAAACCAUUCACACGCUCUGUUCAUGCACGGACACCAGAAGACGAUUCAGAACACCAGAGGAGAAUAAGCCGGAGCGCCAGCACCACGAUGGCCCCGGGACGUUGUUUAAGAUCUGAGAUCCCUUGGUUUCUCUCAUGUUUAUCUGAGAUGCCACAUCAGGGCCCUUACUGCUGUAUUACCUCUGCCUGGGUGUUUGAGACAGAUCACAAGUGCGUGGGUGUUUCCUGGAAAUGUAUUCCCCUGGGACUCAGUGAUGCUCUGGGAACUGUUGGGGUUUGGGGAAGGACAGUGUGGUGUGACUAUUGGCUUGACACGUUGUGGAUGUGGUUGGAGUCACCCACGUGGACACGAUUUUCAGCUUGGAGCUGGGAUGAAGAAGAUGGAAGCACUGGGGGCCGGGCCUCCUUUUCCAGCAAGGCCGGCCCUGGUUUCUCCUCUGUUCCAGCUUGUCUGCCAGAAGCCUUCCCCUGCAAAGUGCCCACCUGCCUGGAGACAGAGGGAGCAGCUGAGGCCUCUCUCCACUGGCCGCCAGCCUCCCCAGCACAAGAGGACUAUUCAGCAAUGAAUGUUUACUCAUGUUCUUUCUUAUUGAUGAGUUCUGCGGCCCAGCCUAUAGAAAUGGCUCAGAACAUUCCAGGCCUUGGUGAGACAGGGCAGCAUCCAGCACUCACAGGCUAUCCCCGCUAUGCCUGUUCCCAUCUUCCCCUUGGGGCCUGUUCAUAAAUUGAGGAAUGGAUAAGGGCCCUGGAGGGUCCUUGGGAGUAGUUAGUGGAGGGCAGGAUUCCCAGGUCCCCGUAGAGAGGGAAGGAGACACCCACAUGUGCACAGAAGCCCGUCUCUGUCACACACACCACAGGUGGUCACCGAUUUAUUUUCCAAAAGCUUAGAAACAUAAAGCAAAUUUAGGCUUUUGUCCUUCUGCGAUACAUGCACUUGAAAAUAAACAGAAAAGAGAUGUUUAAUAAUAAGUUUACUUCCUGUCUGCUAGCACCCUCAGUCUGGGAGGUACUGCCAGAGGCUGGCGUAGUGGAGCAGCUGCUGACCAAACCCCACAGAACGGAGGCACCCAUCAUCACACGACAUCUUUCCCUCCCAUGUCUGUCAUCUGUCUGUCUGGCAAUGGAAGGAGCUCCAGCUGGAGGUCCUUCCCAGAAGGUUGAUUCUUGGCCUGGGUGGUAGAGGAGACAUCCUGACCCUAAAGUCUUCCAGCCCCAGGUUAUCCUCUCCUAUGCUGGGGUCUAUGGACCGUACAGGCCAGGUGCGGUGGCUCAUGCCUGUAAUCCCAACAUUUGGGGAGGCCAAGGUGGGAGGAUUGCUUGAGCCCAGGAGUUGGAGACCAGCCUGGGCAACAUGGUGAGACCAAUUGACUGUAGGGCUUGUCCCUUGCUAGAACAGGAGCAGAAGACUGAAUAGCUGUGUCCUCAAGGCAGUCCCCUCCCACCCCCAUUCCCAAAGUCAGAAAGCGAAGCCAGAUCUCAAGGGCUGACACCUGAGGCAAGGAGAGCUAAGGGGAGAGAAAGCGGGGUGGGGUGGGAGCAGACACCUUCACAAGCCAAGUGUGUCUUACUGAUCUGUACAAGCUGAUAGAAGGACCAUCUGCUGAAAUCCAGGGCUCCUGAGUUGGUGGGUUUGCUUGUGAAGCUUCUAGGACAAGGCGCAGCCAGAUGGAAGGGAGAGGAUCCAGGACUUCCUAAAUGCAGCCGCGUCACCUCUCAACUCGCUGCAGUUUCAGAGACAGUGGAAGCUGCUCUUUACCUCAAAAGCACAAAGCAGAAUUGGCAACUUCACAUGUCUCAAGAGCUUCAAGAUCCUUUGGUCUCGUGUCCUUUGGCACCCCACAACUGUAUGGGGGACAAAUUUGUUACGUGUUUCCAAGGCUACAGACAUGGUGCCAUCCUCACGGGCCUAGCUCAUGUUGUGGAUCAGGUACUUUGCUGGGGGGAUACAAUGACCCAGGUGGUCUGCGUCCUCUGCCAUUGGUUUGAACAGGCUGUAUAUUCUAGUCCAAAUUUGCCUGGCUCCCCCGCUCCCUCCCAGGUCCUGCACACUGUCUUUCUGCCAACACCUCAGCCCUGUGUGCUAUUUCAUGUCUGCAUGGUACGAGACACCGCUUCAUGGCAUACACUGCCACGGCGUGUACAUAUGCAUCCACAUGCGUGUAUGUGUAGCAUGUAGCUCAUUCUGCUCAGCCUCUGGUGCCGUUCCUCAUUGCUCCCAGCCCCACUGCUGUCACUGUCGUCCCAGAUGUCCUUGCCAUGGCCACAGACAAUCCGCCGUCUCCUGGAAACGCUGGGGCUGCCCUUCAGAGAGCUGGCAGCCGCUGGCAGUCAGGGCCUGCUUUGCAGAAUAGAAUGUGAACCCAUCUCCUGAUGGCCUACUUGACUUAUUUAAUUAAAGAUGAAAACAUGCAACGAGCAAAA